UUUUUCAAAAAUAAUUCGGGUAAAUAAAACCCUCCGAGAAGAACGGCUUAUCACUCUCAUUUCUCUUUUGUAUUUUUUUUUUGCUCUCAUCUCUCCUUCCUCCAUUACAGAGAGGAACCCAAAAAGAAAAGGUAUUUAGUAAGUUUUACGAAAGGUAAUACAGAAAAAACUAUGGCGGAUCAGCUCACUGACGAUCAGAUCUCUGAGUUCAAGGAAGCCUUCAGCUUAUUCGACAAGGAUGGUGAUGGUUGCAUUACAACAAAGGAGCUUGGAACCGUGAUGCGAUCCCUUGGUCAAAACCCGACAGAAGCUGAGCUUCAGGACAUGAUCAACGAAGUGGAUGCAGAUGGUAACGGCACCAUCGAUUUCCCAGAGUUCUUGAACCUAAUGGCUCGCAAAAUGAAGGACACAGACUCUGAGGAAGAACUCAAGGAAGCUUUCAGAGUCUUCGACAAAGACCAGAACGGUUUCAUCUCGGCUGCUGAGUUGAGACACGUCAUGACUAACCUCGGCGAGAAGCUAACUGAUGAAGAAGUCGAUGAGAUGAUUAAGGAAGCUGAUGUUGAUGGUGAUGGUCAGAUCAACUAUGAGGAGUUCGUCAAAGUUAUGAUGGCCAAGUGAGCCUCAACAUCUUCCCCUUUUACUACCUCCUACUAUGUAAUUCCAAAAAAAAAGAAAAAAAAAAACAAAGAUUGUUCCUCGCUUGUUCUAAAUUUCAUUCAUGGCUUGUUUUUUUUUUGGUGAUUGAAAGACAGGAAUGUUAUUAUCCCUUUUGUGUUUACUUCUUUUUGUCCGAACGAUUCAUUUACUUAAAUGUCUCAUUGUCUUCA